CGACACGCCUUGCGCUACAUGCAAACGAUUCUCAUUACAAUGUGUGAGAACGCAAAAACCAAAAGAACUAGUCGCAUCAGAACACAGAGAAGCACUAGAAGGUCGAAUACACCAGCUCGAGGCGCAACUCGCCGCGCAUGUCAAUGCUCCAAUGCAUGGUAUGGAAGGCAUUGACGAAACCAUCCUGGCAUCUGCAACAGUAGACUUUAAUUGGCAAGACACACCACCACCAAUAAAUCUCGACACAACGUUUGCGACCUCUUUCGACACGAGUGGAAUGAAUCUUGGUGGAUUCGCGCAGAGAGGCAUGCCUACGAUUGCGAUAAAUCAAUGUGAGCAUGUUCCUAACGUUGCAUCGCCGUCUUCACCAGUACCUUCAUUCUGGUCAGGUACCACACGGGCAUCAUCCCCCGACAUGCCGCCCACCUCCAUCCCACCACAAUUCGCUUCGAUCCCACCGCACCUUCUCGGGAGCAAACCGAGCUCCUCGCCACUAGAACCGCAUACGGCACCAUCUUGGGAGUUUAUGGCCCAUAUGCAGCCAGGCCAAAAGACCGCUGGAACAACCAAAAGCCGAAGCCAUUCUCGUAAUACCUCCAGCUCCUCUGCCUCACUUGCAAGCGAUGACCAGGUCAUGUCACCGAUACCCGAAGUUGACGAUGACCUAUUGUCGUUCGCCGCCUCUGCCCCACGUUUACCACGACAAGGCGUAUUCGCUCCCAGCCCAGCGCCAGCAUUGACAGGCUCAAAUUACUCAGACCGGAGUCGCGCAUUUUCUACUAUACCACUGCCUAGUCUCUUUGAAGCCGACACUCUGACAACAGAGUUCAUGCAGCAUGUCGAGGCCCAUUCACCACAAGCGUACGGUAUGACCGCCAGCUCGUUCGCGCAACUCUGUGAGAUGGUCUACCCAAAUACUCAGAAAGCUUCGCCCUCGAUGCCUGUCGCCUCUAUGUCGAUGGCUAGAUUCCACGUCUUCCUUGCAAUGGCCAUCGGAAUGAAGCUGAGGAUCAAAGACAGCCCAGAGAGCACCAACGCCCUCCUCGACACGUGCUACGACCUCGCCAUGCAACAAACUUCUGCCUCGACAUUUUGGCAAGAAGACGGCGGUGUUGAAGCAGUCCAGUUGCUUGCCAUCUUCGCAGGCAUUCGCAAAACACCCAACCACGAUCCCACGCCUCUGCAACAUUCUUUUACAUGGUAG